UAAAAUCACAUUUGCCAACUUCCAAAAAAAAAACCUCGCAUUUGUCUUGGCAGAAGAGAGAACGAAAAUGGGAUCUCAUGACGAUUUUAACCCACAAAAACCACACGUAGUCUGCGUGCCUUACCCGGCUCAAGGCCACAUCAAUCCGAUGCUUAAAGUGGCUAAACUCCUCCACGCAAAAGGCUUCCACGUCACCUUUGUCAACACCGUCUACAACCACAACAGGCUACUCCGGUCUCGUGGGCCCAACGCCCUAGACGGACUUCCUUCCUUCCAGUUCGAGGCCAUACCUGAUGGUCUACCUGAGACUGACGUGGACGCGACGCAGGACAUCCCUGCCCUUUGCGAGUCCACUAUGAAGAACUGUCUAGCUCCUUUCAAGGAGCUUCUCCGGCAGAUCAACGCCAGAGAUGAUGUUCCUCCGGUGAGCUGUAUUGUAUCGGACGGUUGUAUGAGCUUUACUCUUGAUGCUGCGGAGGAGCUUGGAAUCCCGGAAGUCCUUUUUUGGACCCCUAGUGCUUGUGCAACCAUGGCUUAUCUACACUUCUAUCUCUUCAUCGAGAAGGGUUUAUCUCCUUUCAUAGAUGAGAGUUACUUGACGAAGGAGUACUUAGACACGGUUAUAGAUUGGAUACCGUCAAUGAAAAAUCUAAAACUAAAGGAUAUUCCUAGCUUCAUCCGUACCACUAAUCCUGAUGAUAUUAUGCUUAAAUUCGUCAUCCGCGAGACCGAGCGAUCAAAACGCGCUUCUGCUAUCAUUCUCAACACAUUCGAUCUUGAACAUGAUAUCAUCCAGUCCAUGCAAUCCAUUUUACCUCCGGUUUAUUCAGUUGGACCGCUUCAUCUCUUAGCGAACCGGGAGAUUCAAGAAAGUAGUGAGACUGGAAAGAUGGGGUCGAAUCUAUGGAAAGAGGAGGUAGAAUGUUUGGCUUGGCUCGAUACCAAGGCUCCAAACAGCGUCGUUUACGUCAACUUCGGGAGCAUAACGGUUAUGAGUGCCAAGCAGCUUGAGGAGUUCGCUUGGGGUUUGGCCGGAAGUGGUAAGGAAUUCUUGUGGGUGAUCCGGCCGGAUUUAGUAGCUGGAGAGGAGGCGGUGGUUUCGCCGGAGUUUUUAACGGAGACGGCAGACCGGAGAAUGUUGGCGAGCUGGUGUCCUCAGGAGAAGGUUCUUGCUCAUCCAUCGGUUGGAGGGUUUUUAACGCACAAUGGAUGGAACUCGAUGUUGGAGAGUCUUUCAGGUGGAGUUCCAAUGGUGUGUUGGCCGUUCUUUGCAGACCAGCAAACGAAUUGUAAGUUUUGCUGUGAUGAGUGGGAGGUUGGGAUGGAGAUUGGUGGAGAUGUGAGGAGGGAGGAGAUUGAGAAGGUGAUUCGGGAGCUGAUGGAUGGAGAGAAGGGAAAGAAAAUGAGAGACAAGGCUGAGGAGUGGCGGCGCUUGGCGGAGGAAGCGACCGAGCAUGAACACGGUUCAUCGGUUGUCAAUUUUGAGACAGUUGUUAAGGUUCUUUUGGGACAGGGAUCAGGGGAUUAAGUAAAACAUGAGAUGAUUACAGAAA